AUGCUUAUAAUAACACAGAUACUAUCCUUUGUACUUGUGUUGUACUUGGUACUAUCCCACAUUACUUCAAUUACAGACAUAGGUCCAAUAUAUGGAAUCACUCUCAAAAGUAAGACAUCUCAACACAAUCCUGACUACUUCAAUCCAUAUUCGAGGGUAAACACAAGACAACAACUAGGUUCCCGUUUACCAAACAUUAACGAACCUUUGCGGGAUUUAAAAUGGGGUCGUCUUAAUUUCUUACACACUACUGAUACCCAUGGAUGGUAUCUGGGCCAUACUAAUCAACGCCAAUAUUCCGCUGAUUGGGGGGACUUGAUUUCAUUCCAUCAUAAUAUGCAACAGUUAUCAAAUGACCAGGGAGUUGAUUUGUUAAUGGUGGAUUCCGGCGAUAGACACGAUGGAAAUGGUUUGUCGGACUUAACUGUACCGAACGGAUUGUAUUCGUCAAAGUUGUUCAUGAUGCUAGACUAUGAUUUAAUAACCGUGGGGAAUCACGAGUUAUAUGAUCCCCAGGUUAGUCAAUUAGAAUACGACGUUUUGGUGCCUAGAUACGGUGAACGGUUUGUUUCUACAAAUGUGCAGUAUAAGAACGAUGAUGAUGAAUGGGUGGUUUUCGGUAAUAACACAUUCAGGUAUUUCCAAACUAAGAAUACGAAAGCUAAUGUUCUAGCUUUAUCAUUCCUCUUUGAUUUUAGAAUGGGCAAUGAAAGAGUUAUGGUUACCCCCAUUCGGGAGAUUGUUAAGCAAGAUUGGUUUGUUGAUAUACUGAAAGCUCACAGUGAUAAAGUGGAUGCAAUUGUCAUUUUUGGUCAUUUACCAGUUGCUCAUGAUUGGGAAGAAAUGGGCAUCCUACAUUCUGCUAUUAGAGAAUAUUACCCAAACACUUAUAUCCAGUACUUGGGCGGCCACUCCCAUAUUAGGGACUUUACUGUAUUAGAUGAUCAUUCAACAGGCAUACAGUCCGGCAGGUACUGUGAGACAGUUGGAUUCACCUCAAUACAGGAUUUGUCAGCCUCAAAUAUCUAUGAAAAUGUUGAUCGGAAGUACAUUGAUUUUAACCUACAUUCUUUUAUGCAUCAUACCAGAAAGUUUAACCUAGAAGAUUUCAAUACGGAAACUGGUUUAUUUGUAUCCAAAGAGUUGUUCCAUUUUGCUAAAGAAUUGAAGCUGAAUGAAAAAUACGGUGUUGUACCACAGAGUUAUUACAUGGCGGCAGCCGAUUACAAUAACAAUGAUCCAAAAUCUUUGCUAAGAUUUCUUGAAAAUGAUAUAUUACCACAAUUGAAGCCAAAAUCAUGUAACCCUAAUGUUGAGUCUUUUAAUGUUGAGUCUUCCAAUGAUAGAAUAAUAAUGAUUAAUACGGGCGGUAUCAGAUAUGAUUUAUAUAAAGGUGACUUUACUAAGAAUUCCCUCUUUACAGUUUCUCCCUUCAAGAACAUGUGGAAAGUUGUUCCAUCCGUCCCUACUGACCUUGCUCUAUCGCUUCAAUCAAUCCUAAAUAAUGGUGAUUAUAUUAUAAAUGAAAAACAGCUCAAGUCACCAUAUCUAAAAUCACUUGAAAAAAACUUGUCCUUUAAUGAGCUUAACCUUAAUAUUACUAAUGGCCAAGAUGAACGGAAACCGAUAUCUUAUGGCCAUACAACCCUUGACGAUUUUGGAAUAGAUGGUGAUGAUACCAUUCACAAGCAUCUCAACGUAUUCUACGUUCCUAAUGUUAUCCAAUCUCAUCAAUGUCAUGACACACAAACUGAAUACACUGAUGUAGUGUAUUAUGAUUUCAUUGAACCUUUUAUCUUAAAUGCCUUACAACAAGCAUGCAAUAAUGAUUCACGCCUUUACAAUAAUUUAGCAUCCCAUAUUACCUAUUAUAAUGAUUGUCCCGAAGAAUACAAUUUAGGAAAACUUUUGAAAACAUAUGUCACUGAGAAUUGGUCAUAG